CUUUCACCUCGUUCCUGACAGAAAGUAUAUAUAAGUAUACGCCAGCCGAUUCUGCAGCCACGGGGUCAGUGAUCGUGCGUUGCUCAUGUGUAAACAACCCGGCGGGGGACAGCACAUGCGCACACGAACACCAAACAGGCCAGGAACACAUCGCCGCAAGGCUGUCAUAGUGCAUCGCUAUGACAGCUACCCAGCGGGUCAUACAUUCUGGUGAUCUGCGCUGGCAGAUCACCGCGAAAAAAAAGAGAAGAGAAGUGACGCAACGCUCAUAAGGAACGGAGAGUUCCUGGAGAGGAGCAUUAGCCAAUCUCUGUGGGUGACGGGCUCUUCAUUGAGAAUCGCAUUGCCCCGCACAUUUUAUUAUGACGUUGGCAAGAUGCAGGAAGUUCUUGGGUCUCACCAUUUCCUUUGAGAAAAGAGCAUCCACAUUUUUAAAAGCAAAAUGUUCAUCGGGGGACUAAGCUGGCAGACUACUCAAGAGGGCCUGCGGGAGUAUUUCAGUCAAUUCGGGGAUGUGAAGGAGUGUCUUGUUAUGAGAGAUCCAUUAACCAAAAGAUCCAGGGGAUUUGGAUUUGUUACUUUCAUGGACCAGGCCGGAGUGGACAAAGUUUUGGCUCAAACAAGGCAUGAGCUGGACUCAAAGACGAUUGAUCCAAAAGUAGCAUUUCCUCGUAGAGCCCAACCCAAGAUGGUGACUAGGACAAAGAAGAUUUUUGUGGGCGGACUAUCAGUGAAUACAACUGUUGAGGAUGUAAAACAAUAUUUUGAGCAGUUUGGAAAGGUUGAUGAUGCCAUGUUAAUGUUUGAUAAAACAACAAACAGACACAGAGGGUUUGGAUUUGUGACCUUUGAAGGUGAGGAUAUCGUGGAGAAGGUCUGCGAGAUUCACUUCCAUGAAAUCAAUAAUAAGAUGGUCGAAUGUAAGAAGGCACAACCCAAGGAGGUGAUGUCACCAACAGGUUCUGUACGGGGACGAUCUCGAGUGAUGCCAUAUGGAAUGGAUGCUUUUAUGCUAGGCAUCGGCAUGCUAGGAUAUCCUGGUUUCCAAGCCGCUACAUAUGCCAGCCGCAGCUACACGGGAAUUGCACCAGGGUAUACUUACCAAUUCCCAGAAUUUCGUGUAGAGAGAACCCCUCUCCCGGGCACCCCCGUCCUCCCAGAACUCACAGCAAUCCCAUUGACUGCAUAUGGACCAGUAGCAGCAGCAGCGGCAGCUGUGGUCAGAGGCUCCACUCCAACCCGCACAGGGGGUUUUCUGGGAACAAGCAGCCCAGGACCAAUGGCCGAACUGUAUGGAGCAGCCAAUCAAGAAUCGGCAGUCAGCAGCUACCUAAGUGCAGCAAGUCCAGCACCCAGCACUGGAUUUGGACACAGCCUUGGGGGUCCACUGAUUGCCACGGCUUUCACUAAUGGAUACCACUGAAUUUACAGGUCACAGUAGAGGUUUCAAUUUGGAAACUGUUUGUGACCGUGACUGUGUCCCUCUCCUCUGAGAAUGUCAGACAGCCGCACGCCACCUUGUGUUCAUGCAGAGUAACUGCUGCUUCCUGCAUAUUUUUUGCUUUCGCCCCAGAACAUUUUAUUUAUUUCAUGCUUUUUCCCCCUCCCUUAUGUCAUGUUUUUUGUUUUGUUUUUACUUCUUUUUCCUCGCUAGUUUUGUGUUACAUGAUAGGUGUCAGCAAAAUCUUUCUCAUGACUUUUGAUAUUUUCGUUCUGGGGGGAUGCAGGGAAAUUCUGGUACAACAUGCAGGAGGGAAAAGAUGGGAUUCUUGGUCCGGCUGUCUGGGAGUGAGUUUUCUUUAUUUUUUGACUACAAAAAAAAAUAUUUUUUAUGUAAAUUUCGGCUUUUAUGACAUGGAGUGGGCAAUGCACAAGAACAAGACAAAUGUAUAUUUUGCUAAAUGAAAAAACUAUUUGUAGAACAGAAAUUAUUUUAAUUUUCUCAAAACUGGUUUGAAGUUUUUUUUUUUUUUUCCUCUGUAAAAUAUGUAAAUAUUGCAGACUGAUUGUUCUGCCACUUCCAGGUCUUAUCUGGUCCCGGCAUCUACUUUGCCAAUUUGGGACCAUUGUUUAGCAAUAUUUUCCUAAAACCUGGAUGGAUUAACAGGUUUUUUAUAAACUUUUUAUUACAACUGAGUUCUGUCCACUGGAAUAAGCUGGAGCAUUGUCGGCGCAGGAGAACGCUGAACGCCAGCUUCAUCCUCGGUACAAAUUAACUCUUUUAGUGCCACACUUAUUAUUGCGGAGGAUUUUGUGUGUUUUUCUGUCCCAGGUAUAAGGCAGAAUUUGCCACAGAAUAUAUUAAGACAAAGUUAAUACCACAAUUGAUCUGCAACACAUUGACUGAGCCAUGCAGUGAGCACACAGUCUGAAUAAGACUAUAAUAUUUAGCUGUCCUGACAGUAUUUGCAAGCUGAUGAAAUCACUGCAAUGUCAGCGUCACCCAAACAUCUAUCAUUUUGUUACAUUCUUACAAGCAGGCAAUACAACCAUUCCACUGGUGAGCGUUUACUGUCUCCUCCAGCAGAAAUCGUGUGAUAGUGCAUGAAGAGUUAAUUAUGAACGGGGAAACUUACAAUGCUGUAUUGCAAAUUCAAAGCAAUAAUGUUUGUUACUGCAACUGGAAUCUUUUUUAAGAUAGUUACAUAAAAAUAAAGAAAUGCUGAAUUUUA